AUGAACGGGCACUACGGGCCUUAUGGGCAGGCUCCCUACGGCUACGGCGCCCACGAGGAUCCGGAAGAGAUGGUGGAAUUGAACGCGGCUCACCCCGCGUAUCGCAAUCCGAAUGGCAGCUUCGACUUCCAAUUCAAUGAUAUGCCCUCGCCCGGUCUGGCCUCUCCCCGGCCCGUGAUCCCGUAUCGCGCGGGCCAUAUGGCGCAUGAGGACUACAACUCCCCGUAUAGUUCCCCCAACCCGGGCUGGCUUCAACCGACCCCUCGCUCAUCCACCGGCCCUGAUUCCUUCUCGUAUGGAGCAACUCCGUACGAUUCCCGCUCGGCUUCUCCGACUCUGUAUCAUAAUUCUCAGGUCGGGCAAAGUCACCAGUCUCUCACACACCUCGUGGAUUCACCUUCUUCUCCGGGUCUCUCCAAGGAGUGGGUCAAGUCGGGGUCGAUCGCUCGCAUUAAUGAUCGCGACGACGCCGAGAUCUGGAAGGGCUGGAAACGCGUGCUCUUCGCCUUCACCCCGUUCCUCACUUUCACCAACACCGCUGUAUACUUUUUCUACCUGGGUCUGCGUAUCUACUGUAUCAUUUCCGCACAGAAUGCCGCCGGUGUGAGCUAUGCCGGUGCUUGGGUCUUCGUCUCGAUCGAGUUCGCUGUCGCGAUUCCGUCCCUCAUGCACAAUUGCUGGACCAUGAUGGCGCUUAAGAAGCGAGGCAGGCCCAGGCUCCGUCUGACCGGAAACGACUGUCCCACCGUGGAUGUCUUCAUCACCUGCUGCGGUGAAGAUGACGAAGUCGUUCUUGACACGGCUCGUGGUGCACUCGAUCAGGACUACCCGGGUGACAGGUUCAGAGUCAUUAUCCUCGAUGACGGCAAGUCGGCUACGUUGGAAGAGUGCGUCAACCAGAUGUCCGUCAAUCACCCCAAUUUGUUCUAUAUGGCCCGCGAGAAAAUUCCCGGCAAACCCCACCACUUCAAAGCUGGCAAUCUCAACUACGGUCUCGACGCGGUGCACUAUCUGCCCGGGGGCGCCGGCCAGUUCAUGGCUGCCCUGGACGCCGAUAUGAUCCCGGAGCAGGAAUGGCUGCGUGCGAUCCUCCCCCACCUAUUGGUGGACCCGAAGAUGGCCCUUGCAUGCCCUCCGCAACUUUUCUACAAUACCCCUGACUCCGACCCGCUGGCCCAGAGUCUGGACUUUUUCGUGCAUGUGAUCGAGCCGAUCAAGGAUGCCAUGCAUGUUGCUUGGUGUACCGGUUCCGGAUACGUCGUGCGGCGUGAGGCUCUCGAUGAGAUUGGGAACUUCCCUCUGGGCUCUUUGGCUGAGGAUGUCGCGACUUCGACUCUCAUGCUCGGAAAGGGCUGGAAGACGGCGUAUAUUCACGAGCCUCUGCAAUUUGGUACUGUGCCCGAUGACUUUGGCAGUCACUUGAAGCAGCGUACCCGUUGGGCCAUUGGUACAGUGGACACUGCCUUCAAGCUCAAGUUCUGUCUUUGGGGCGAUGCCGUCAAACAGAUGACCUUCGCACAGCGCUUUUCGGGUUUCCUGUACGCGACUCUAAGUCUGUACACCCUGCUCCUCACGGCUUCCCUGUUUGCCAUCCCCAUCAUUCUCCUCUGGGGUAAGCAGCUUGUGGCCUACGCGAACCAGGAGCAACUGCACUGGCUCAUUUGGGCGUGCUUCGCGACGACCAUCGUCAACCGUCUCUGCGAGUUCACGCUUUUCAUCCCGGCUGGCUACCACACCGGCCAGCGAGGCUCUCGCUACCAGCUCUGGAUGUCGCCGUAUAUCGCGCUUUGCAUCGUUCGCUCCUUCAUUCUGCCUCGCUGGCUCGGUGGCCAGACUCAGGCCUUCAAGCCUACCGGCUCCCUCAGCUCCGCCCUGAACGAGCGUGACCCGAAGCAGCGCAAGAACCUCUUCGUCCGCCUGCGCGUCAUCCUGUUCAACUACAUGGCGUUCUUCCACCUGGCCUUCGUCUACGUGACCCUGGUCGCAGUGGUGAUCACAACUUACAAAUGUUUCGCGACACAAACCACCUUCAAGGGCAUCGUCGUCUGCAUGAUAACCCACGCAUUCUGGCCUCCGCUCACCUUCCUCUUCCUUUGCACCUCGCUCUGGACUCCCGUCUCCUACGCUAUCGAUCCCCCCUCGGUCCCCGACCGCGAGGACUUGCUGAAGCGGGAUCCGAAGACCGCGAUCGCGCACCCCACCAAGAAGAGUAAGAAGAUUGCCUUCGGUGGCCAGGCUGCGUGGUUCGAGUUGGAGUAUACGGUUGCCACCACGGCGACGGUUCUAAUCUUUGCGUACUCUUUCUUUUUCUAA